AUGCGUGACGGGAAAAAGACAGUGCUGGUCAUCAAUGGCCCAAAUCUCAACCUCUUGGGAAAUCGUGAACCUGAAAUCUAUGGACACGAAACCUUGGCAGAUGUUGAAGCAGCUGGGAAAAAGCAAGGCAAUGAGCUAAACGCGCAUGUGGACUUUUUCCAGAGCAACUGGGAAGGAGCUAUUGUUGAUCGAAUUCAAGAAGCUCGAAUCGAUGGAACGGAUGGAAUUGUGCUAAACCCUGGUGGAUUCACUCACACUUCCGUCGCGAUUCGAGAUGCGCUUCUUGGCGUCUCAAUUCCCUUUGUUGAAUUGCAUGUGUCGAAUAUUCAUGCUAGAGAGGAGUGGAGGCAUCACUCCUAUUUCCAGGAUAAGGCGAAAGCGAUCAUUGCUGGAUGUGGUGCACAGGGCUACGAAUAUGCGAUUGAUCUUGUUAUAAAGAAGUUCCCCGCGAAGGAAUGA